AAGAAAGUUAGCUGUCGGGUUUCAGUUGGACUAUAUAUUCUUCUUUCUCCACCAAGGCCAAUCAGCUUCUCCGGAUUAUCUUCUUCUUCUCCUCCAUCCAUCCUUUGCCAUUUCCAAUCAAUAUUCUUAUCAUUAUGGGCAGCUUAGAGGGUGAAAGGGAAACAGUGGGGUGGGCAGCAAGAGACCCAUCUGGGGUUCUUUCCCCUUACACCUAUACCCUCAGGAGUACUGGGCCUGAAGAUGUUUAUAUCAGGGUUCUUUGUUGUGGACUCUGCCAUUCUGAUCUUCAUCAGGUCAAGAAUGACCUUGGCAUGUCCAAUUAUCCCUUGGUCCCUGGGCACGAAGUGGUUGGUGAGGUUGUGGAAGUGGGGGCAGGCGUGGGAAAGUUCAAAGAGGGAGAGAGGGUAGGGGUUGGGCUGAUCGUGGGGUGCUGUAGGGACUGCCGCCCUUGCAAACAAGGGAUUGAACAGUACUGCCCCAAGAAGAUCUGGAACUGCAAUGAUGUCUACACCGAUGGCAAGCCCACCCAAGGUGGCUUUUCUUCUCACAUUGUCGUUGACCAAAAGUUUGUAGUGAAAAUACCAGAAGGGCUGGACCCAGAACAAGCAGCCCCACUUCUAUGUGCGGGUGUGACAGUAUACAGCCCAUUAAAACAUUUUGGGCUGAAACAGAGUGGGCUAAGGGGAGGAAUAUUGGGCCUUGGAGGGGUUGGGCACAUGGGCGUGAUGAUAGCAAAGGCAAUGGGCCAUCACAUUACGGUGAUAAGCUCAUCUGAUAAGAAGAGGGAAGAAGCAUUGGGCCAUUUGGGCGCAGACGAUUAUGUGGUGAGCUCAGAUGCAGCCCAAAUGCAAGAGGCUGCUGACUCGCUUGACUACAUUAUUGACACUGUCCCGGUCGGACACCCGCUCGAGCCAUAUAUCUCUUUGCUCAAAGUUGAUGGGAAGCUAAUCUUGAUGGGCGUUAUUAACACCCCUUUGCAAUUUGUCUCUCCAAUGCUCAUGCUUGGUAGGAAGACCAUAACGGGGAGCUUUAUAGGAAGCAUGGAAGAGACGCAAGAAAUUCUUGAGUUCUGCAAGGAAAAGGGGGGUGACGUCCCAGAUUGAGGUGGUGAAGAUGGAUUACAUCAACACGGCAAUGGAGAGGCUCGAGAAAAACGACGUCCGCUACAGAUUUGUGGUCGACGUUGCAGGAAGCAAACUCCACCCUUAAUUAUAGAUGCAUGCAUGCCAAAAAGGGAUGGAUAAAUCAUAAAUUAUAUACUCCAUAUAGAUACUCACCUUCAAAUAAAAUAUUCGAGGCUUUAAUGUGUUUGUUUCAGUUUUUUGUUUUUACUUUUUAUUUGAAUUUCCAUAAUUGUACGUGGUUUUAACGUAAUUAAAGAUUGAGAGAGGUUUAUAAUAUAAAAUGAGAAUUGAUGAUCUUGUUGUGGAUUUUUAGUUGGAAAAAUACAAAAUUAACAUCUCCUUCACAAUAUUAUGACCAUGUUUGAUAA